UCCGCCUCGAAGGCCCGUCGUGUGAGGAGGAGCCGUCGCCGCCUGCUCGUUGCUGGCUUCGCCGCCGCCGCCGCCGCCGCUCCUCCUCCUCCUCCCUCGCUUCCCUUUUCCGCCGGCUGCCAGGCUCCUGCCCUCCUCAGAUAUAUUCUCAUAGUUAAGAAAAAGCACAAUGGAAUUCUACGAGUCUCCCUAUUUUAUCGUCUUAGUACCCUCUAUUGUGAUUGCUGUUAUCUUCCUCUUUUUUUGGCUUUUUAUGAAAGAAACGCUAUAUGAUGAAGCCCUUGCCAAACAAAAGAGGGACCAAAAGCUUCCACCUAGCAAGACUGAUAAAAAGAAAGCAGAGAAGAAGAAGAGCAAGAAAAAAGAGGUCCAGAAUGGGAACCUCCAUGAGUCUGACUCAGAAAGUGCCCCUCAGGACUUCAGACUGGCAGAUGCUUUGGGGGCAGAGGAGGAGCACAUCGUUCCUGUCCCGCUGAAUGUGACAGAGGCCCCCAGCAGUCUCCGUGAGCGCAAGAAGAAGGAGAAGAAACACAAGAGCAAUUCAGAGGAACUUGUGUCAAAAGAGUUGGAGAGUUCUAAGUCUGCAGGGAAAAAAGUGGAGCCUGUACCUGUAACAAAACAGCCCACCCCACCUUCAGAUUCAGCUGGGUCCAAAAAAAAGUCCGGACAAAAAAAGCAGAAAAAUGGAAUAGAUGACCAGGAUGCCAAGAAUGAUUCAGUUCUGUCCACCUCCAGAAAGCAAGAUCCUCUCAUAUUGCAUCCUGAGAUAAAGCAAGAAAGUGGCUCUGGGAAAAAGAAAGUUUCCGCCAAGAAACCAAAGACAGAUAAUGUUAUGACUUUAGUGGAUGAACCUUUGAUUCGUGCAACAACAUACAUUCCUCUGAUGGAUAAUGCAGCCUUAUCAGAGGGAAAGAGAGAAGCAGCUGAUUUGGUGAGGCAUGAUGGUCUUGAAGGACUGCAGAAAACCAGUGUGAAGAAACUGAAGAAUGAAACUGAUAAAGAAAAUGCAGAGGUGAAAUUUAAGGAUUUUAUCUUGAUUAUGAAGAACAUGAUAUUCACAGAAGAGGAGGCCAUGAAUGUGGUGGAGUUAUUGAAGGAGAAAUCUAAUGUCAUACAAGAGGUUCUGCAGAAGGCAAGUAAAGGAGACUCAGCUACGAUGCUCCAUCAGCUGCAAGAAAAGGAUAAACUGCUUAUGGCAGCGAAAGAAGAAGGUGCUGUUGCAAAGGAACAAUGCAAACAGCUCUCCCAGGAACUAAUUUCAGAGAAAGAAAGAAGCAAUUUGGUUAUGGCAAAGAUGAGAGAGCGAGUUAACACACUCGAAAAAGAGCAUGGAGUUUUCCAAAACAAAAUCCAUGUAGGCUACCAAGAAGCCCAGCAGAUGAAAAUGAAGUUUCAACAGCUUCGUGAACAGAUGGAGGCAGAGAUCAGUCGCCUGAAGCAGGAGAAUGGUAUCUUGAGAGAUGCUGUCAGUACUUCCACAAACCAAAUGGAAAGCAAGCAGUCUUCAGAACUCAGCAAAUUGCGUCAAGAUUGUGCUAGACUUGUGAAUGAGCUGACAGAAAAGAAUAACAAAUUGCAGCAAGAGGAGCUCCUAAAGAAAAAUGCAGAACAAGCCAUCAAUCAGUUGAAGGGACAACAACAGGAAGCUGAACGAAGAUGGGAGGAAAUGCAAAGCUAUCUCAGGAAACGAACAGCAGAACAUGAGGCUGCCCAGCAAGAUGUGCAGAAUAAACUUGCGGCUAAAGAUAAUGAAAUCCAGAGCCUGCACAGCAAGCUUACUGAUACAAUGGUCUCAAAACAGCAGCUGGAACAAAGGAUGAUGCAGUUAAUGGAAGCAGAACAAAAGAGGGUCACAACUGAGGAUUCUAUUCAGAGACAGGUGCAGGAGCUAAUGGAACAGAAUGAGGCUUUGAAAGCUCAGCUUCAGAAGUUCCAUUCACAGAUCGCAGUCCAGAAUUCAGCUUCAGCCCUUGCUGAAGAAUUGCACAAAGUAAUUGCAGAAAAAGAUCAGCAAAUAAGUCAAGCUGAGGAAUCCUUAGCCAAUGAACGACUCAAGCUAACCAGCAAGGAAGAGGAUCUAAUGGUUGUCCAAAAUAUUAACAUGUCUCUGAAAGCAGAAGUGCAAAAGUUGCAAGCACUCACAAAUGAACAGGCUGUUGCCAUACGUGAGCUGGAGCGGAUACAAAAAAGUGUGCAGGUCAAAGAUGACAAAAUCAAAACAUUGGAGGAACAACUGCAAGGACAUUACUCCAAAGCUUCAGAUGCAAAGGAGGAACUUCAGGAUCUAAAGGAUCAAAACAAAACUUUUCAGUUGGAAAUUCAGAAACUGCAGGCUCUCCUCUCUGAGCAGGCUAACAAAGAAUUGUUGGAGCAACUGGAAAGAAGUAUUACAGAAAAGGAUGACAAAAUAAAGACGGUUGAAGAACUCCUUGAAACUGGGCUCAUAGAAAUGGCAAACAAGGAGGAAGAACUAAAGGCAUUGAGAACAGAGAACUUAUCCCUGAAAAGCGAAGUUGAAAAUCUUCAGAAAGUACAGACAGAGCAGGUAUCGUUUGCAUCCUUGGUAGAAGAACUACAAAGGGUAAUUAGUGAAAAAGAUGGAAAGAUCAAAUCUGUGGAAGAACUGCUUCAAGCUGAAGUCCUUAAAGUUGCAACCAAGGAGAAAACUCUUGGGGCUUUGGCACAGGAAAUAGAGGCUGUGAAAGAAGAACUAAGAAAGGCCCAGCUUGAGAAGGACACUCAGGUGUCAGUAGUUCAGGAAGUCAAAGAUCUUCAAAAACAACUGAAGGAGAAAGAGGAAAAGGUGAACAGUCUAGAAGUAUUGUUGAAAGAAAAGGAGAGUGAGAUUUCAGAGCAAGUAGAAUGCCUUCAGGUUUCUGUUGCUACUUCUAUGAAAGAUCAUGAGGCUAUAUUGAGAGAGAAACAAGAAGAAAUGCAAAAAAUGCUGACAUUAUUAGAUGAGAGGGGAAAAGAAGUUGCUCACCAAAGAAAAGAGUUGCAGGCUGUACAGGAAGAGAACAGGUUAUUGAGAGCACAGAUUCAGGAAAUCAAGCGGGAAAAUGGCAAACAGGAAUCUUUGGCUCUCAGGAACGAGCAACUUUUACAGCUCAUUACUGGGAAAGAACAAGAAGUCACCAGCCUCCAAAACGAGUUGGGCUCCUUGAAACAUGCAGUGGAGCAACAGAGGCAGAAGAAUAAUGACCUUCGAAAGAAAAACUGGAAAGCAAUGGAAGCAUUGGCCUCAACUGAAAAAUUGCUGCAGGACAGAGUGAACAAGACUGCCAAGGAGAGUCAGCAACAUGCAGAGGCCGUUGAAGCAGAGAUGAGAAAUGUAUUGCAGAAGCUAUUCCCUAUAGUCUCUCUUCCUUCCACCUUGAGCCACACUGAGUGGAUGCGUGGAUUUGAAAAAGCAAUAAGAGAACAUACAAAAGAGACUUCUCAAUCAGAUGACAUUAAGAUCAUGGAACAGAAGUUAAAAGAAGCAGAUGAGCUACACGUAAUGUUGCAGCAAGAAUGUGAGAAGUACAAAGUAGUCCUUGCAGAGACGGAGGGAAUCUUACAAAGGCUACAGCGGAGUGUAGAAGAAGAAGAGAGCAAAUGGAAAAUAAAAAUUGAAGAAUCACAGAAGGAACUACAACAGCUUAAAAAGGAACGAGAGCAUUUGGAACAUGAAUUGGAAAAAGCAGAAAUGGAGCGAUCGACAUAUGUUUCAGAAGUACGAGAGCUUAAAGAUCUGUUGACUGAAUUGCAGAGAAAACUUGAUGACUCAUAUUCUGAAGCAGUAAGGCAGAAUGAAGAGUUAAAUUUGCUGAAAACCCAGUUGAAUGAAACAUUAUCUAAACUCAAAAUUGAUCAGAGUGAAAGACACAAAUUAGCUGCUGAUUUGCCAAAGGCCCAGGAAUCACUGGUGAUCCUAGAAAGGGAAAUAGGAAAGGCUAGCAUGGGCACUGAGGUGAUACAGAACAGUGAUGUCUGCUCACAAACGGCAGGGCCAGACAAAAAUGUAGCUGUGAAUCUAACUCAAGAUAUUGUCCAUCUCAAGAAGUUGCUUGCAUCAGUUGGCCAAAUGCUCACAAAGGGAAAAGAACAGUAUCAGCUAUUAGACUACUGAUUUAAACAAGAUGAUGAAGAAGACGACUCUGCAGACACCUCCAGAGUUUAGUUUUAUAAUAAAUGAAUUUAAAUAAACGGUUUGGAUAAUUAGAGCUUUACAUUCCUGGAGCUACAGUAAACGUGUAACCUUUUAUCUUUACUAUGCUCAGUGAAACUCGUUCACACACACACACAUGCACCCUUGACAUAGUGGUAGCAGCAGCAGCAACAAUAACAUUUUAAUACUGACAGCCUAUGCUGUUUUACUUAGAUACAGUUUGGGAGUAGCAGCCUCUGACUUCUACCUGAAGUAAACACUCCUCCUCCCCACUCUCUCUUUUUUGGGUUGCUAAUGUAAUCAGUUUUUGUAAUGGUGUCAGCAAAUAAAGGGAUGCUUGUUACUCAAACUGUACUGUUACGUUCUUGAUUUGGAAUUCCUUGAAGACGACAUAUAGAAUCUUCUGUGCUGCACUGUAAAAGCACUGCAAUGCGACUUACAGCAUAAGAACCUGGUUGGGUCAGAUUACAGGUUUUCCUGUUCCUGCGUCAGGUAUCCCACAGGGAACAAUCUCUGGGAAGCCCAGGAAAAAAGACAUCGUAACUAGCAGCUACUGAUUGUCUUAUCCCCCGUGAAUUAGUCUGCUUCCUUUUUAGACCCAUCUGAAUUGGGGGCCAUCACCACACCUUGUUCUAAUCAAUUCUGUAGCUUAACAAUGCAGUAUGUAGAAAAAUGUGUCAUGUGAACCCCGCCAUUAUGACUUGUAAACCAUAAUUUAUG